AUGACGAUCCCAGAGGAAGUCGACAUCAUCAUCUGCGGCGGCGGCAGCUCCGGCUGUGUGCCCGCGGGCCGGCUGGCAAACCUCGACCACAACCUUUCUGUUUUGCUCAUUGAAGCCGGCGAGAAUAAUCUAAAUAAUCCAUGGGUCUACCGUCCAGGCAUCUACCCACAAAACAUGAAGCUCGACUCCAAGACGGCCUCGUUCUACCAUUCCCGGCCCUCCGAGCACCUCGAUGGACGGCGAGCUAUCGUACCCUGCGCGAAUAUCCUCGGUGGUGGGAGCUCCAUCAACUUCAUGAUGUACACCCGCGCCUCAGCCUCCGAUUACGAUGACUUCCAAGCCAAAGGCUGGACAACCGACGAGCUCCUCCCGCUCAUGCGCAAGCACGAGACGUACCAGCGCGCGUGCAACAACCCGGAGCUGCACGGAUUCAACGGGCCCAUCAAGGUGUCCUUUGGGAACUACACCUAUCCGAUUGCGCAGGAUUUCUUGCGGGCUGCUGAGAGCCAGGGGAUUCCGGUUACGGAUGAUUUACAGGAUUUGAAGACCGGGCAUGGUGCUGAGCAUUGGUUGAAGUGGAUUAAUCGUGAUACUGGCCGCCGCAGCGACGCCGCCCACGCGUAUGUCCACAGCACACGCGCAAAGCACUCUAACUUGCACCUGCAAUGCAACACGAAGGUUGAAAAAGUGAUCAUCGAAGACGGCCGCGCCGUCGGCGUCGUAACAGUGCCCACGAAACCCCUCGACGGCAAAGAACCCGUGCGCCGGAUCUUCCGUGCCCGCAAGCAAAUCAUCGUCAGCGGCGGAACCCUCUCCUCGCCACUCAUCCUGCAACGCUCUGGAAUCGGCGAUUCCGAGAAGCUUCGCGCCGCGGGCGUGAAACCGCUUGUGCAUCUGCCCGGUGUGGGGAGGAACUUCCAGGACCAUUACCUGACCUUUUCGGUAUAUCGCGCCAAACCGGAUGUAGAGAGUUUCGAUGAUUUUGUCCGGGGCGAUCCCGAGGUGCAGAAGAAGGUGUUUGAGGAGUGGAAUCUCAAGGGGACGGGACCGCUCGCGACGAAUGGGAUUGAUGCCGGAGUCAAGAUCAGACCGACCAAGGAGGAGUUGGAUGAGAUGAAGAAGUGGCCCACGCCCGAGUUCGUGCAGGGGUGGGAGACUUAUUUCAAGAAUAAGCCAGAUAAGCCUGUUAUGCAUUAUUCGGUUAUUUCAGGUUGGUUCGGCGACCACAUGCUCAUGCCCCCAGGCAAAUUCUUCACCAUGUUCCACUUCCUGGAAUACCCCUUUUCCCGCGGCUCAACCCACAUCACAUCAGCCGACCCCUACGCAACCCCCGACUUCGACGCGGGCUUCAUGAACGACAAGCGCGACAUGGCCGCCAUGGUCUGGGGCUACAUCAAAUCCCGCGAGACGGCGCGCCGCAUGGGCUCGUAUGCCGGAGAGGUGACGAGCAUGCACCCGCACUUCGCCUACAAUUCGCCGGUCCGCGCGCAUGAUAUGGAUCUUGUCACGACCAAGGCGUAUGCGGGGCCGAAUCAUCUUACGGCGGGGAUUCAGCAUGGCUCGUGGUCGCACCCGCUCGAACCCGGCAAGCAGGUCAACGCUGCGCACCUCAACUCGAACCGGUUCGAGUCGCGGAGCCCAUUCGACUAUAGCAAGGAAGAUAUUGCGCAUAUUGAGAAGUGGGUUCAACGCCACGUCGAAACAACCUGGCACUCCCUGGGCACCUGCAGCAUGGCCCCCCGCGAGGGCAGCAAUAUCGCGCCCCAAGGUGGCGUCGUCGACGAACGUCUCAACGUCCACGGCGUCAAGGGACUGAAGGUGUGCGAUUUGUCCAUCUGCCCGGAUAAUGUGGGCUGCAAUACUUUUAGCACCGCCCUCCUCAUCGGCGAAAAAUGCGCCGAGCUCGUUGCCGAGGAUCUAGGGUACAGCGGCGAUGCGCUGAAGAUGGAGGUGCCCAACUAUCAUGCCCCCGGCGAGUUUUCGGGUCUUGCACGGUUGUAA